AUGAUUUUAUCAACUAGGAUUCUUAUGUGCUUUUCAUCUGAAAAGAAGAUUCUCAGAUUCAUCAAAACCUGUAGUAGUCCAAAAGAAAUCUACUAGACCUAUCACAAAAAUUAAGAACAUUUUACACCAUUACUAUUUCUGGAAGCCUUGAAACAUAUGAACACAAGUCCAGUGAAAAAGAGAUUUGAUCUCAAUGAUGAUACUGCCUUCUAUGAUGAACUAACAGAAGUAUUCAAAUAGGUGCCUAUGCAGGAAAAAUGGAGAUUUUGUAAAAUUUAUAAUCUUAUUAUUAGAUAGAUGUGCAAGUUGCUAAAAUCGGAAGAAACAAAUAAUUAAUCAAAUAAUAUGGGAAUGACUUGACUUGCAUCAGAGUGAAGUAAAUUGCCAUUCUGUUGUGGGGUUAUCAUAAAAAUGGUAUCAAGAAACCCAGACUUGUUAUUCAUUUGAUUGAUCAAUUGCAAUAGAAUUUAGAUUCCCUCAUUCCAGUCUCAGAGAUCCCUGAGGAUUUACAAUCUCCUAAAGAAUAGUUAAAUUCUGAAAAUCAAGAGGAUAAUGAAAUCAACCAAUCUGAUGAAGAUGAAGACUUUUUAGAACAGUAAUUGGAGGAGGAUUUGCAAUCUGAAAAAAGAGUGCUUAAAGACUUUAAAUUCAAAUUCAAAGAUUUGGUUCUCAUUAUUUGGGCGAUUCAAGAUAUUAAGUUAGAUGCCAGUGCAUUAUUAAUAUACACAUUUAAAUUGGCCAUAAAUAAUUUUAAUAAAAAAGAGUUAGUUACUAAUAGAUCAUUAAUUCUACUCUUGUAAGCAACUCUCAACAUCAAAGAGAAUAAACAAAUCAAUGCUGUACUUAUUUCAAAUUAAAGUAGUAUCAAAAACUUGUCAUCCAAAAUCUAGCUGAAUAGGACCUUUCCAAUGAAGGUGUACUCCAGUUACUAUUACUUUUAAGAACUUUAGGAUAAUUGAAGCAAAGUCCAGAAUUUGCUUAAAAAUUAUCAUAUAUUAUGUUGAAAAACCAAGAGAAAUCUAAUCAACCUUUUUCCUCAAAGUUUGCUUCCAUAAUGAUUUGGAAUUUGAAUAAGUAAGCCCUAUUUUGAUUUAUCCAAAGGCUAGGCAUAACCGAUACCGAUAUUUACAACAAAUUGGGACUACAUUUAACAAAAAGCAAUGAGUUUAAAGCUAUGGAUAUUAGUUAAGCUAUUUUGAUUUAUUCCCUCCAAUAAACAAAAUCUCCAUAAUAUUAAUAAUAUUAAUUCAUUUUGAGAUCAUUAAUCAGCAAGGCAAAUAUGAUUAAAUUAGACCCAAGAAGUCAAAGUAUUAUUAAAGAAUCUUUAGAGUAAUAUUAACCUCAUUUGAUCAAGUUAUUAAAAAAAUGA